GGGCGGAGGGAGGACAAGAAAGGCUACCCCCGCAAUAGGAGGAAAAAAGAAGAGCGAGUCACAUCUUAGAGACUGUUAAGGAUCCCCCCCCCCUCCCCACUCAUGCUCUGGAUUGUGUUUAAAUGGUGGGAGCAGCGUGCACCAGGCUUUAGCUGUGGUGCCAUUUAAUUGCUCCUAGCGAUGCCAUUUGUGACUUAAGUGAAUUAUGCUGCAAGGGAGCUGAAGAGCCUAGGAAGUCACUUCCUCUUCUAGAUCUCACUAUAAGAAGAGAACCAGCAACUUCUGCCCAGCACACCAAAGAGAGGAACACAAAGACCCUCAAAUGAAGUGUGAAAAUUGCACCAAAAAGGAAUGUAGUAAAAAACAGAAAAAUGAUGACCAACAAAAUAUGCCUGCUGAUUUUCUCAACUCAAAUGGUGAAGAUGAAGAGAAAAGUGAAUUCCAUAAAUUGGCUAAUGCUAAAAUAUUCCUUAGUGACUGCCUAGCUUGUGAAAAUUGCAUAACCUCAGAAGAAGCGGUCAAAGUUUUCCAGCAGAAUCAGAAGGAACUCUUCCGGAUACUAAACCUUAACAAGAAAUGUGAUACCUCAAGACACAAAGUGUUGGCAGUAUCUAUAUGCCCUCAGUCCUUGCCUUAUUUUGCUGCUAAAUUCAAUAUCUGUGUAACUGAAGCAGCCAAGAGGCUUUGUGGUUUCCUCAGAAGUCUUGGAGUACAUUAUGUCUUUGACACCACAAUAGCUGCUGAUUUUAGUAUUCUAGAGAGCCAGAAGGAGUUUGUGCAACGGUACCGCCAUCAGAAUCAAGAAGAGUAUGCUUUACCAAUGUUUGCUUCUGCUUGCCCAGGCUGGAUACAGUAUGCAGAGAGAGUCCUUUCCAGUCUAGUGACUCCAUAUAUUUGCACUGCAAAAUCACCACAACAGAUAAUGGGCUCUCUUGUAAAGGGUUAUUUUGCUAAACAGCAGAAUCUGUCUCCUGAAAAAAUCUUCCAUAUAAUUGUGGCCCCUUGCUAUGAUAAGAAACUGGAAGCCUUGCGAGAAGACUUCUACGCCCCCUUGUACAGCUCUCAGGAUGUUGAUUGUGUUUUAACAUCAGGUGAAAUCUUCCAAAUAAUGGAACAGAGAGAAACGUCUUUGAAAGAAGUAGCUGAAGUGGCCUUUGAUACUCUGUUUGGUGGAAUAACAGAAGGAGAGUUAAUCCGGCAUAAUGGAAGGAGGUCAGAUGGUUACUUAGAGCACAUAUUUAAACAUGCUGCCAAGGAGCUGUUUGAUACUGAAGUGAAGGAAAUCACAUACAAAGUAUUGAAAAACAAAGACUUCCAAGAGGUCACGCUAGAAAAAGAUGGGGAGACAGUGUUACGCUUUGCAGCAGCGUAUGGAUUUCGAAACAUCCAAAAUAUGGUUUUAAAGCUGAAAAAGGGAAAGUGUUUCUACCACUUCGUAGAAGUUUUGGCUUGUCCUGGAGGGUGCUUAAAUGGGAAGGGUCAGGCUCAAACUGAAGAUGGAAAGCCAGACAAAGCACUGCUCCGUCAGAUGGAGGAUGUAUACGCUGCCGUUCCUGUCCAGCUUCCUGAAACCAAUGGGCACGUGCAGAAGCUUUAUCAGGAGUGGUUGGAAGGGAUGGACUCUACCCGGGUCAGGGAAACAUUACAUACUAAAUACAGCAUGGAAAAACCAGCUGCCAACAGUUUAGAUAUCAAGUGGUGACCAAUCAGAUUACGAGACUUGCAUUAGGUUUGUGGUACCUGGAGCACUGGCAACUUCUAUGCAACUGGAGAUCUGAGGCACUAUGUGAACAGAGCUGGAACUGCCUUUAUUCCCAUUGAGACUAUGUAGGAUCACAUUGUUGCUUGAGUCCUUGCAUAUUUGGAAUGUCUUUAUUUAAUCAGAGCCUGAUAUUGUAAGUAUGUGUAUCCAGGGUUUUUUUUGUAAGGCACAGUGAAUCCCUCAAUGUACAGCAGUGAUACACUGGAAUGGUAGGGGGCAUAACAGAAUCAGUGCACAUUGCCAUAUGCUUGAUUCCGAUUCUUAGGUACAUAGUUCUUUGUGCCAAAAAUCCCCUACCAUGAAUUUCAUUGUUCUCAAAAGGUUCUGUGUUUUAGGACUUUGUCUCAUUACCGAACGUCGUAAGUUACCAAAAUAUAACAAAACAAAUUGGCUGGUGAUAUAAUUCCCUGCUGUACUACACCAAAUCCACCUCCUCAUAUUUUGGGGGGUUCCAGGGUUGCAACUAGAGAACCUAGAACUACUGGCAAUUGUUCUCUUUUUUAUCAGCUUUAAUUUGACUUCUUUGCUUUCUUUGGUGAACGUGUUCCCUGUUUCUGUUGUCCUGUUUUUACUGAUUUCUUUUCCUAGCCUGUUGUACUAUGCCUGUAAAUAUUGAGAUCCUGGCCUUUGAGAAAGAUGUGAGAAGGCAACCAAGUCAGAGACUGGAUUUGGGACUUUCCAUCUUUUAUCAGCAGUUUAGGGUGAACUCAUUAAAUAAGUAAAAAGAUAAGGUAGCAAUAAAAAUAAGUGCCAGAAGAAUCUGUGGGCCAAAAUUUGAGAGUUGAGCUAAUCUAGGUAAGUGAAAUAGUUUAGAUACAGAGGGCACUAAAUUGAAUCCAGAUUAUCUCACAAUGAAAGAUGACCCGAUCCAGGAAUAUAUUCUAUUGCACUGAAGCCUGCCUAAUGCCAAGUCUGUACCACAUAGGUAAGAGCUGAUUCCUCAGCUUUUUUUAGUGGUGUUAAUCCUGUUUUCUGGGGUGUAGACUUUUCUGAUGAUGGCUAAGCCCUUACCUUGACAUCAGAUUCUUUCCCACCAUUGUCUAUGGAAAAAGAAACAGGAAACCCACACAGUGCUAAUCAGAUUCUGACAUUUGUCAAGACCAGUGCGGCUACACCAGAAUUAUUCAUUGGCAAGCUUAUCUUGAGGAGGGACUGUGGCAGCAAAACAAUCAACCAAGCAUCGCUAGUGUGCAGCCUCCGUUCAUGUCAUGGGUGCAUGCAUGGGAGCCUAGCGCAAGCCCAUUGAAAUAAACAGAGGUUGUAUAGCAACCACACUUGAUUGAAUCCAUAGUACCAAACCUGUGAUUUCUACUUUGCAUUUCCCCCUUAGGAUUCCUUAGAUGGAUGCUGUUCAGAAAUGUAACUACGGAAAAAAUCUUGCGGCUUCUGUGGUUCCUUUUCUGUUAUCAGAGGCUUAAAAUCUAAAAACCCCAAAUCAUUUUCAAAAACUUCGUUGCAACUUCGGCCUAUUGAUUUCCAGAAUUGCUCCCUCUUUUUUUCUUAACAAAAAAAAUAUAUAGAUAAGCCUUAUCAUAAUUUUACUCAGGAUCAUGAAUCCCUAUCGCGUUCUUAAAUUAUGGUCCUUCAAAACAGUGGCAUCUCAAGGCCCAGAACUAUGCAUGGCAGGGAUCUAAAUGUCUAUUAGAGGACAUUGGUGCUUCACUUUUCUUAAAUAAAAUAAACAUCUAAAUUGUUACUCUUAAUUUACACCAAAGGCAAUGGAAUUUUGCCCAGGUGCAGACUAAUAAUGGCAAGAUGUGGAAAAUGAUACUAUAAUGGGAAGAAAAAUUCCUGUGGUUCUAAAUUUUGGGUGCAGCUCCUUCAGCAGCAAAAACACAGAGAUGCAUAUGCUGUACUCUGCAUUUAUGGAUUUAGUUUACACACACAAAUUUGAGAUUAUAUUCUUUGUCAGGCUUUUGUUGUGCGUUUGCAAAAAAUAAUAAUCACAUCAAAUGGGUGUAGGAACUAAAAAACUGUUGAAAUAUACUACUAUUAAGAAAGGAAUUCAGAGCAACCAGCAGGUGGGGCCUCAGGUGCACUAUUUUGGUACUUCCGAUUCCUUCAGUCCCUGUGCAUAAGAGUACUUCAGCUGAUUGGAGGUAUCAAGGGAUAGACAUGCAAUAUGCAGAGCUGGUUUUUUGUUUCAUCAUGAGGGUGUGCUGUGGAGAAGAAAUGGUGUUUUCCAGAUAAUUUUCCCAGUUGUGUGCCAUCCUAAGACAUCAAAAUGUCUGUGGUAAGGCAAAAGCACUUAUGCACAACCUUCAGUAACUUCAGGUUAUGAUGCCCAGUUAUUUUAUUUUAUUCUGUCUUCUUGGUUAGUUAGGAUGUGCCCCACAACAUGUUCAAUGCAAUAAUUGUGGUCUUACAUAAGAAAAUAAUUACAAUUCAAUGUUCUGUCUUUGUGUAUACAUUUGAGUGAUAUAUUGGCUAUGAUCCCAUGGUAGAUCUCCACUCAUGGAAGGCAUUUCUAUCAGCAGAACAGUACUUUUUUUUUUGCUGCAGCCCAAAAUGCUCUAUAAAAUGCUGCUUCAAGGGAACAAGUGACCUUCAGGCACAGCAAGAGGGGCAAAUUGGGGUUCUGCAGUGUGUCUUAGUGGAAAUUGCCCCUCUUCCAUUAGCAGAAACGUAUCACAGGAUCUAAGCCAUUAUGUUAAAUCUUAUUUUCUUUACAGUUGUAUAGCUAAAUUUUAUUAUUUAUGGUGUGUAUGAUCGACCUUGAAAAAUGUGGUUCUCAAUACAGACUUUGUGUUUAAUUUUAUAGGCUGUUGGUCAAACAUUCCACCAGCACAAAUCCCCAUGGAUUGUGUUAAUUGCCAUUUGCUGUGAUAGGAAAGGAGCUGUCUUUCUGUGCCAAAAUAGAAAUUUCUAAAUAUAAAUCGAGGAGUUAAGCAAAAAAAAAACCGUUAUCCAUUUCCGAAAAGCAAUCUAUUACAGAGUAAAAUUCUGUAUCACUAUGCUAUACUAGGUAUAGCUUGAAGACCAAGAUUCAAGUUCAGUAGCACGUUUAAAACCAACGAGAUUUACCAGGGUAUAAGCUUUCAAAAAUCAAGUUCCCUUUGUUAGGUCAGUUAGUAGUAACGAGGGUGGCAUGCAGAUGCUUUCCGAAAAUGCAGUUUUCCUCCUUCCCACUUUUACAAUGGAAUAUGUACUAUAAACCUACUAUUAAAAAGUCACAUUUUGUUAUUUCUGACCGCUUAACCUCCUUUCAUUUAGGGUAGAUGCCAUAAUGGUUCACCAUUUUUGUCUGAUAGACAAAACAUUACCCUGUGAGUCGAUUCAGUGAGCAAGAUCAUACCUUGUAUACCUUUAUCUUGAAGCUCUAAUACAACUACAUAAACACACACAGGAUAGCAGGUUUUCUUGGCCCUCCCUACACCAAACCAGAAGGGAGCCACCUAAAUAAAGCAGGGGCAUACCACCAGAGUUACACAUCUCCUGCCUUGUGGACCUAAGUAACAGCCUUUCCAUCCUUCACAUAUGAUCAUUAAUAAAUGAAAGACAUAACUGGAGCUAUAUGCUCAACAUUCAAUGCAGGAACUGUGGAUAGGAUGGAGUGGGAUGUGUAGGUGGGGCACGAAGUUCACAGUUCUGAUUUGAUAUGGGAUAUUGGUAACUUGAAUAGUCACCUUAGUGAGACAGAAACAAAAUUGGCAGUACAAUCCCAUGCAGAAUUACUAAUCUAAGUCUGUUAAAAUCAACUCUUCAAAGUACUUCAUUGUAAAUUACUUACUCUUGCCAUGUUAUAUGAUGGUUAAAGGUUACAGAAACCAUGAUAGCCUAUAAAUCUAGAUUUCUAUAUCUAGAUCUGCCUGGAAAAGGAUUUACAAACUGUAUAUUUUACGCAGUUUUGUCCAAUUAAAAUAACAGUCUGUUCCAGUGUGAAUGAGUUGCAAUCAUUGCUUUCAUUGCUCCUUUAAAAGGUAGGAAGUAUCUGGAAUUCACUGAGCAGAAUGACCCCUAUGCAUCUAGAUAAGAUGAAGUAUGCUUCCUGUGUCUCUUAAGGUUAGGUGAGAUCUAAGCCACUUGAAUGUAAUCCCCUUCAUGAUAUUCAGUGUACAUGCAAUUUCAGGAUUACAGUUGAUUACAAGAGCUCCCAAUUAUUAACCAUGGGUGCAACCUAUCAAUCACAGCUCCUAAUUCUUUAAUGGGACUGUAACGGAAACUCUGAACUGAGGAAGCAACCUACUAUCUUUUGGAAAUUGGUAGCCCUGUGCUUGAAGAAAAGUAAGCAAUGAGCUGCUGUUUCAUUACAGCUACAGUCAUUCUGCUUUCCCAAGAAUCUUUAAUAUUCCUGGGGAAAUCUAGUCAUAGUGCUUUACUCUUCAUUUGAAUGUUGUGAAACACAUAUGAGAUGUGAGAAAUAUACAUUAGUGUGAAAAUUAGGUGUUUUUAAAAAUGGAAAACAAUUACAGCCCUCAGCUUAGCCUAAAAUUCCCACCCACCCCUGAUACCAGUCAAUCAGUCAAUCAGUCCUUUAUUGGCAUAAAAUACAUGGAGUGAAGCAUGAUAUAUAGACUGCUUUAGGGUUACAAAUAAGUAUACUGUCAGAAUAGCUAUAUCUUAUCAGAGUGCAUCCCCUGAUACCAUGAAAUAUGCUGGCAUUGUAAUGUAGUCUUGCAGCAUCAGUCUUACAGAUACACGGCACAGGCUUAUGUGGAAGCCAAUUACACCAAAUUUAAUGGAACAUACCUUCCUGAGGAUAAUUCCAGAAAGGUAGCUGUGUUAGUAGGUUGCAGUAAAAAUAAACACGAGUCUUGAGGCACCUUAAAGACGAACACAAUUUUAUUUCAGCAUAAACUUUUAUGAACUACAGCCCACAAAUGCUUAUAAAGGAAUACAAUUGUGUUAGUUCUUUCAGGUGCCACAAAGCUCCUGUUUAUCCUGGGAAUUAUGUUCAAAUGGCAACCUUAAAAGAAUCCAACAGAAAUUCUGGACAUUCAACAUGGGUUACAAUUUGGAUUCCCAAAAUACAUGUAGAGUAAUGUGAAUAUGCUCUGAAUGGUGCUACUUUGUACAUGCAUCCUAUUCUAGAAGUCUAGUAGGGAUAACAUCUAUACUAUGUAUUAUCUACUUGGGGUCUUUAAAAGGGAACAAUAGAUCAUUAUCAAGACGACUGGACCUCGAAGCCAAAGGAGAUUGUAAAUGUUUUUAAUAGCUGAAGUGACUACAGACUGAGCUGAGAUAUAUCUAAACAGAAAUGUUUGUAUUCAUCUUUGCCUUUUCAACAUGAUUGUACUUGGAUAAUAUUCAAUAAUCUGAGCUUCUUCCAGUGGAAUAUGAAUUUGAAUGGCUUAAAUAAUAAAAAACAUAAUUGCAUUUUGUUA